AUGGGUUCUGGAGAACAAUUCAUGAGCCUCUAUCAUCAUCAUCAUCAUCAUCAUCAUCAUCAUGUGAUGAAGAAAGAUGAUCAUAAGAUGAACAUACCAAAAGGUUGUGUCUCUGUGAUUGUGGGACUUAAAGGUGAAGAGAAGAAGAGGUUUGUAAUACCAGUUAUGUACAUGAACCAUCCAUUGUUCAUGGAGCUCUUAAAGGAGGCUGAAGAGGAGUAUGGUUUCCAGCAUCAAGGUCCCAUUACCAUCCCUUGCCAUGUUAAAGACUUCUGUAAUGUUCAAGGAUUGAUUGAUCAAGAUCAUAAUCAUCUAUACCAUCAUAACCACCAUCAUCCUAUUGGUUGCUUCAAAGAUUGA